UUAUGAGAAGAGAGGAGAAGAACGUAUGAGUCCAAUGUUUUUACCUAAUCAACCACUCUGCUACGUUCACCUUUUAAAACAACCAAGAGAUUAUGAGAAGAGAGGAGAAGAACGUAUGAGUCCAAUGUUUUUACCUAAUCAACCACUCUGCUACGUUCACCUUUUAAAACAACCAAGAGAUUAUGAGAAGAGAGGAGAAGAACGUAUGAGUCCAAUGUUUUUACCUAAUCAACCACUCUGCUACGUUCACCUUUUAAAACAACCAAGAGAUUAUGAGAAGAGAGGAGAAGAACAUAUGAGUCCAUGGUUUUUACCUAAUCAACCACUCUGCUACGUUCACCUUUUAAAACAACCAAGAGAUUAUGAGAAGAGAGGAGAAGAACGUAUGAGUCCAAUGUUUUUACCUAAUCAACCACUCUGCUACGUUCACCUUUUAAAACAACCAAGAGAUUAUGAGAAGAGAGGAGAAGAACGUAUGAGUCCAUGGUUUUUACCUAAUCAACCACUCUGCUACGUUCACCUUUUAAAACAACCAAGAGAUUAUGAGAAGAGAGGAGAAGAACGUAUGAGUCCAAUGUUUUUACCUAAUCAACCACUCUGCUACGUUCACCUUUUAAAACAACCAAGAGAUUAUGAGAAGAGAGGAGAAGAACGUAUGAGUCCAUGGUUUUUACCUAAUCAACCACUCUGCUACGUUCACCUUUUAAAACAACCAAGAGAUUAUGAGAAGAGAGGAGAAGAACGUAUGAGUCCAAUGUUUUUACCUAAUCAACCACUCUGCUACGUUCACCUUUUAAAACAACCAAGAGAUUAUGAGAAGAGAGGAGAAGAACGUAUGAGUCCAUGGUUUUUACCUAAUCAACCACUCUGCUACGUUCACCUUUUAAAACAACCAAGAGAUUAUGAGAAGAGAGGAGAAGAACGUAUGAGUCCAUGGUUUUUACCUAAUCAACCACUCUGCUACGUUCACCUUUUAAAACAACCAAGAGAUUAUGAGAAGAGAGGAGAAGAACGUAUGAGUCCAAUGUUUUUACCUAAUCAACCACUCUGCUACGUUCACCUUUUAAAACAACCAAGAGAUUAUGAGAAGAGAGGAGAAGAACGUAUGAGUCCAAUGUUUUUACCUAAUCAACCACUCUGCUACGUUCACCUUUUAAAACAACCAAGAGAUUAUGAGAAGAGAGGAGAAGAACGUAUGAGUCCAUGGUUUUUACCUAAUCAACCACUCUGCUACGUUCACCUUUUAAAACAACCAAGAGAUUAUGAGAAGAGAGGAGAAGAACGUAUGAGUCCAAUGUUUUUACCUAAUCAACCACUCUGCUACGUUCACCUUUUAAAACAACCAAGAGAUUAUGAGAAGAGAGGAGAAGAACGUAUGAGUCCAAUGUUUUUACCUAAUCAACCACUCUGCUACGUUCACCUUUUAAAACAACCAAGAGAUUAUGAGAAGAGAGGAGAAGAACAUAUGAGUCCAUGGUUUUACCUAAUCAACCACUCUGCUACGUUCACCUUUUAAAACAACCAAGAGAUUAUGAGAAGAGAGGAGAAGAACGUAUGAGUCCAUGGUUUUACCUAAUCAACCACUCUGCUACGUUCACCUUUUAAAACAACCAAGAGAUUAUGAGAAGAGAGGAGAAGAACGUAUGAGUCCAUGGUUUUACCUAAUCAACCACUCUGCUACGUUCACCUUUUAAAACAACCAAGAGAUUAUGAGAAGAGAGGAGAAGAACGUAUGAGUCCAUGGUUUUACCUAAUCAACCACUCUGCUACGUUCACCUUUUAAAACAACCAAGAGAUUAUGAGAAGAGAGGAGAAGAACGUAUGAGUCCAUGGUUUUACCUAAUCAACCACUCUGCUACGUUCACCUUUUAAAACAACCAAGAGAUUAUGAGAAGAGAGGAGAAGAACGUAUGAGUCCAAUGUUUUUACCUAAUCAACCACUCUGCUACGUUCACCUUUUAAAACAACCAAGAGAUUAUGAGAAGAGAGGAGAAGAACGUAUGAGUCCAAUGUUUUUACCUAAUCAACCACUCUGCUACGUUCACCUUUUAAAACAACCAAGAGAUUAUGAGAAGAGAGGAGAAGAACGUAUGAGUCCAUGGUUUUACCUAAUCAACCACUCUGCUACGUUCACCUUUUAAAACAACCAAGAGAUUAUGAGAAGAGAGGAGAAGAACGUAUGAGUCCAUGUUUUUACCUAAUCAACCACUCUGCUACGUUCACCUUUUAAAACAACCAAGAGAUUAUGAGAAGAGAGGAGAAGAACGUAUGAGUCCAUGGUUUUUACCUAAUCAACCACUCUGCUACGUUCACCUUUUAAAACAACCAAGAGAUUAUGAGAAGAGAGGAGAAGAACGUAUGAGUCCAAUGUUUUUACCUAAUCAACCACUCUGCUACGUUCACCUUUUAAAACAACCAAGAGAUUAUGAGAAGAGAGGAGAAGAACGUAUGAGUCCAUGGUUUUACCUAAUCAACCACUCUGCUACGUUCACCUUUUAAAACAACCAAGAGAUUAUGAGAAGAGAGGAGAAGAACGUAUGAGUCCAAUGUUUUUACCUAAUCAACCACUCUGCUACGUUCACCUUUUAAAACAACCAAGAGAUUAUGAGAAGAGAGGAGAAGAACGUAUGAGUCCAAUGUUUUUACCUAAUCAACCACUCUGCUACGUUCACCUUUUAAAACAACCAAGAGAUUAUGAGAAGAGAGGAGAAGAACGUAUGAGUCCAAUGUUUUUACCUAAUCAACCACUCUGCUACGUUCACCUUUUAAAACAACCAAGAGAUUAUGAGAAGAGAGGAGAAGAACGUAUGAGUCCAUGGUUUUACCUAAUCAACCACUCUGCUACGUUCACCUUUUAAAACAACCAAGAGAUUAUGAGAAGAGAGGAGAAGAACGUAUGAGUCCAUGGUUUUACCUAAUCAACCACUCUGCUACGUUCACCUUUUAAAACAACCAAGAGAUUAUGAGAAGAGAGGAGAAGAACGUAUGAGUCCAUGGUUUUACCUAAUCAACCACUCUGCUACGUUCACCUUUUAAAACAACCAAGAGAUUAUGAGAAGAGAGGAGAAGAACGUAUGAGUCCAUGGUUUUACCUAAUCAACCACUCUGCUACGUUCACCUUUUAAAACAACCAAGAGAUUAUGAGAAGAGAGGAGAAGAACGUAUGAGUCCAUGGUUUUACCUAAUCAACCACUCUGCUACGUUCACCUUUUAAAACAACCAAGAGAUUAUGAGAAGAGAGGAGAAGAACAUAUGAGUCCAAUGUUUUUACCUAAUCAACCACUCUGCUACGUUCACCUUUUAAAACAACCAAGAGAUUAUGAGAAGAGAGGAGAAGAACGUAUGAGUCCAAUGUUUUUACCUAAUCAACCACUCUGCUACGUUCACCUUUUAAAACAACCAAGAGAUUAUGAGAAGAGAGGAGAAGAACGUAUGAGUCCAUGGUUUUUCCAAAUCAACCACUCUGCUACGUUCACCUUUUAAAACAACCAAGAGAUUAUGAGAAGAGAGGAGAAGAACGUAUGAGUCCAUGGUUUUACCUAAUCAACCACUCUGCUACGUUCACCUUUUAAAACAACCAAGAGAUUAUGAGAAGAGAGGAGAAGAACGUAUGAGUCCAUGGUUUUACCUAAUCAACCACUCUGCUACGUUCACCUUUUAAAACAACCAAGAGAUUAUGAGAAGAGAGGAGAAGAACGUAUGAGUCCAUGGUUUUUCCAAAUGACUAAAUCCAAACAGACUUCCCUGUAUCAGUUAGUGAUAGAUUAACAAACCAUGUGUGUUAUUGAAAUGGCUUGUGGGAAUGUAAACGCACACUUACACAUCGAGGUCUGUGACGUCACGGCCCGGCCACGUCCCAUUCAGAGACAUAUGAAGUCGUCGUCGUCGUCGUCCCCCCGGCUACGUCUCAUUCAGAGACCUAUGAAGUCUCCCCCCCCCUGCCACGUCCCAUUCAGAGACAUAUGAAGUCAUGCCCCGGCCACGUCCCAUUCAGAGACAUAUGAAGUCAUGCCCCGGCCACGUCCCAUUCAGAGACAUAUGAAGUCACGCCCCAUUCAUGAACCACUUUCCCACAGUACAAGGUGAAUAGUUGAGUACAGUUCACUUGGCCUCAGUCACCCAUCUCGCUGGCUUUCAUCCAAAGUCCUUAACCACUUCCCUCUAUCCCCUAUGCACUUGUGGAGAGCUGAUAUGCCCAGUGUACAAGUGUUUAAGGGCAGAGACAAGGCAGCCAUGUUUCAUAAUGGAAUGCAGCCAGAGGCCAUUUCAGCCUGAUGCUGUUCUCUAGGGGUUUGUAGUCUUUCUAGUCUUUUCAGUUGUAGUUCUUAUCCUGGCUGUUACAAUGUUAAGAAUCACUUUCUGCUCAGACUUUGUACUGUGUGAAUGCUAUGCAGAGGGCUUCACCCCAAAACUACCUUCUACAUCAUUUUGAUACUGCUUUGAUUUUGUGUAUAAAUAUAGUGUUGCAGAAUCUUAUUGUCA